AUGUCCGACGCAAAAGGUUCUGUGUCUGCUCUUGUGGGGUCUAGGCCCCUGGGUGCUGCUGCUGCAGCAGUGCAGCGCAGCAGUAGCAGCAAGAGCAGCGGGAAGAAGAGCCGCCACCACCACAAGAAGCGGCGUCGCAGCAGCAAGCACAGUCGCCGCAGUAGCAGCAGUAGCAGCAGCAGCAGCAGCAGCAGCAGCAGCAGCGAGGGAGAGCAGGAAGAAGAGCUGCCUUUCUUUAUGAUGGACUCAACUAUCCGUGCUGCUGUUGCUGAGCGUAAGCGGCAGCAGAAGCAGCAAAAGAAAGAAGAGAAACGCAUGCAAAAGGCAGCAAAGAAGGCAGCUAAAAAGGAGGCCAAGAGACUGAAGAAACUCGAAAAGAAAAGAAGAAAAGAAGAAGCAAGCACCAACGCCAGCAGCAGCAGCAGCAGCAGCAGCAGCAGCAAUAGUGGCAGCAGCAGCAAGAAACGGAAGAGAGAUAAAGAUUCAAGCAGCAGCAGCAGCAGCAGCAGCGAUGACGACGACGCACCACGCAGCAAAAAAAGCCCCCGCAAGCACAAGGACUAA